GGACACAUUGAGGUAAAUCAGCAGCAGUUUCUGCGUGCGCAAAGUCGACGGUUUUGAUUUCCACCAAAAUUCCAUUCCAUAUGCCAAAAGUCCCAAAUUAUCUUUCCAAUCAAUCACUAUAUAAUCCAAUCCAAUUAGGGUUUUCAAACUCUUCUCCUUUUCUUCCCUUCUCUAAUCCAAUCCAAUCCAAUCCAAUCCAAUCAAUCAUCUAGAUUGAUCAUAAAUUCAUUGCAUUUGAGUUGCAUUUUUCUGGGAUUUGAUUUAAUAUCAACUACCACUUUAUGAUUUAAUCUGAUACAAUAGAAGCUAAUGGAGCUGUAGCUUGUGUGAAUUUUGAUUUGGGGCUAUUGGCAUAAAAGAGAGUUUCCUUCAUAUAGAGGGAUUAUGUUGUACAUGGCUCCAAAUCUGAAGCUAAGGUUAGGUGUUUCCUUGUUGUUUAUACUGUUGAGCUUUCUUGUAAUCGGAAACUCGAAUGCCGAAUUAGAAAAUGAAGUUUUGCAUAAUAAGGUAAGAGCUGCUCCACAUAAGGAUGUAGGAUCCACUGUAAUUGAUGGCACUGGUGUAGAGAGUUCUUUAAAAGUUGAGAAUGGUAAUAGGAAGAGUGGAAGCAGUAGAGUCUCCGUUUCAACGGUUGCGUUGUUUACAUUGGCGAUGGCAGCUGCUACUGGUUUAGGUGCAGUGCCGUUCUUCUUUGUAGAGCUUGAUCCGCAAUGGGCUGGGUUGUGUAACGGAAUGGCUGCAGGUGUUAUGUUGGCUGCAAGUUUUGAUUUGAUACAGGAAGGGCAGGAGUAUGGUUCUGGAAGCUGGGUUGUUACUGGAAUUUUAGCUGGUGGAGUCUUUAUUUGGUUAUGUAAAAAGUUUCUUGAGCAAUAUGGAGAAGUGAGUAUGUUGGAUUUAAAAGGUGCUGAUGCAACAAAAGUUGUUCUUGUUAUUGGAAUAAUGACUCUCCAUUCUUUUGGAGAGGGAUCGGGGGUUGGGGUCUCAUUUGCUGGCUCAAAGGGUUUUAGUCAAGGCUUGUUGGUAACCUUGGCUAUUGCGGUGCAUAACAUACCAGAGGGUUUAGCUGUGAGCAUGGUGUUGGCAUCAAGGGGUGUUUCUCCACAGAAUGCAAUGUUAUGGAGUGUAAUUACAUCUUUACCGCAGCCAAUCGUAGCUGUUCCUUCUUUCAUUUGUGCGGAUGCAUUCAGCAAGUUUCUUCCAUUCUGUACAGGAUUUGCUGCUGGAUGCAUGAUUUGGAUGGUUAUUGCUGAAGUGCUUCCUGAUGCAUUCAAGGAAGCCUCGCCUUCGCAGGUUGCAUCAGCUGCAACCCUUUCUGUAGCAUUUAUGGAAGCUCUCAGCACCUUGUUUCAGAAUUUCAGUCAUGAUUACAACUCUGAGGAUGCAUCUGGCUUCUUUGUUUCAUUACUUUUUGGCCUAGGCCCAUCACUUGGCGGGAUUUUUCUGGUUGCAUUUGCUCUUGCUUUUCAUCUUAGGCACGCUCUUCUCAUGGGCAUUGCUUGCGGUAUUGCCUUCGUUCUUGGUGCAUGGCGACCUGUGCAGCUUAUUUUGUCUUAUAAAAUGGGACUUGUUCCCGUCUCAUCUCUUCUUGCAUUGGGAGCUGCUUUGAUCCAUAUGUCUUCUUCCGGUGUAUUGAAGCUUGCAACUUCAAAAAAAACCUCAGCCCAUAACUUACCUACAAUCACUGGCUUCCCACUCAGUAUUCACACCCUUCAAUCAUUCAUAUCAUGUGGUGCAGUAGCUCUUCACGCUGUGGCUGAAGGACUUGCAUUGGGAGUGGCUGCACCAAAGGCAUAUGGACUUGGUCGUCAUAUGGUCCUUCCAGUCUCUUUACACGGUCUUCCUCGUGGUGCAGCUGUGGCCAGCUGCAUAUUUGGAGCCACUGAUAGCUGGCAUGGUUCUCUUGCAGCAGCUGCCAUAAUUGGAUUUAUGGGCCCAAUAUCAGCAAUUGGAGCUAUUCUCAGUGGUAUUGAUUAUAGUGGUCUUGAUCACAUAAUGGUUCUUGCCUGUGGUGGAUUAAUUCCUAGCUUUGGCAAUGUAGUUAAAAGAGCACUUAGUUUGGAUAAACGGAAGAGCACCUGUGGUCUUAUUAUAGGUAUGACGUUCGCUACUUUAUGUCUAACAUUCACUAGAUUGGUUUGCUUGCAUACACCAUACUGCAAUUCUGCGCCAGAGGCUGUUAGAUAAGACGAUUCUAUGCUGUAUUUCUUGCUUGCUCUGUGAUUAUUGUUCAACCACUUCUUUAGUUUGACCUCCUAAGGCGUGGUUGCACAAAUUUGAAGAGAUUCUCAAUGAAGAAAGAAACUAGAAACAGCAAUGUCAAGUGGAAGUUCCACAAGAAGACCAAGUUUUAUCCAGAACUUGUCCAUGUGUAAUAUUUUAGUGUUUACUUGUAUAUAAAUUUUACACAUGAUCUGAAUUUGUUUAACAGUGUAACACUAUUGAGAAGUGGGAGAUAUAUUAUUCCCUUUUUUCCUUUUCUGGGUCUCAUUUGGUUAUUUACAAACAGAACCAAUAUUUGACUGUUGCAGGCACAUUUUCUUAUACCAGUAUUUUGUGAGUUGUGAUAUAUGAAUUACCUGGUUUCCUUUU